AUGCUUAAUUCUAGUUCAAGUUUUGAUGCCUCUGGCUUUAUUCGUAAGUUUUCACUGCGAAAAAAGAAGUGGCCAGAUGAUUAUGUAGCCCCACCUCAACCUCAGGGGGGUAAACAAGGGGCUAAUGCUGGGAUCUACCGCAGGAGAAUAAAGUCAAACCCCUCCUCUUCCUCUCCUUCACCUCCUUUCUCUCCCUCCACAUCUCCCGGGAUCACUUUUUCCUUGCCUCAACCUUUGACCUCCUUUGCUCUUUCAGAACUUCGGACCCAAUUCGCCGACCAACUCAAAUGUUUGGAUUCAAAAUUGGAUUUGGAUGUUACGGUGAUGGCGGAACUGCAUGAAUUCUAUCGAAGAAGGGCGCUUGUGGAACAGGAGUAUUCGGAUUCUCUUGCGAAACUCGUCAACUCCCUCAAACAUAAGCACUCGAAUGAGACUGGAAAGUGA